UUGUUAGUUAAACAUUUGAAUUGGGAAGUUUUAAUUAUUAUCACUUCAGGGGAACAAUAUCAUUUAUCACAAAAAACUCGAAAUCCUCUCAGGCGUCAUUCCCGAAGCUUCUACGAUUGUGCCGUUCUCCGACGCCGGUAGAGCUAUGGCUCGCCGGCGUCGGACUUUCUCUUCAAGCUUUAGUUCAGCCUCUUUACUCUCUGCUUUUUCAGCUUAUUUUCAAGAUCGUGUCUCCCGUUUUGAUCCAAAGAUCUCCCAGAUCCGGAGGUUUGGGCUUGCCGGAUUUGUUUUCGUCAUCUCUUUACCUCCCUCUGAGCCUGAUGUCUUCCCGGUUAUUCCCCGAAUUGCCUUUAGUGAGCUCUGCAUCCUCCCAGUUCUCAGCUGUUUAACCCGCAACCACCGGCCGUUUUGUGGCCCAUCCUCCACCUUCGUCAAAGCUUCUCCUCCGCCCACCCCUGUGACAAAAGCUGAACUCAUAUCCAUUAAAGUCACUAUGUUGGGUCGGCCUCGCGAAAUCAACCUCCAGAAUCUUAAAAGGGACAUGGCUAGAUCUCCCUAUGAGCCUUCAAACACUACCCCCGAGCAUGCGAUUACUUCAUUGCCGAUCUGGAGAACCUCUCCGCCGCCUUGUCCGAUGAGAAGAAGGGUGGAAAACGGUGAAACCCUAAUUGCAUCGAUGGUCUCUUCACUUGUGUUGGGCCCAUCAAAUGUUGGCCCGUUUGUUUUCCAGCUUAGGCCCAUUAUGAUAGCUUUCGGCCCAUCCCUUCUCCCAACUUGGCCCAGGUCCAUUACUUCAAUACUUUUGUUAAGCCAAAAUAUCAAAAGGUGUGUUCCAAACAAUUUUCUUCAAAAGCCCAGGUUUGGCCCGAACUCUUUUUUGUCUUUGCUUAGACAAUAUUUGCGUCGAUUCAUGAAAUCAAUUGAUCGAAGACAUCAAUUGAAUCUUAAUCCACCAUUGUUGCUAUGUUGGUACAAGAACUAUUUGAGAACCCUGCCAUUAGAAUCACCUAGGAUUAUUAUCCACAUAGUUAAAAGCUUGAAGAAGAACGGCAUUAUGAUCCCGUCUCUAAGGAGCGGUGGUUACCGAAACUUCUUCAACUUUUCAUCUCUGUCUCAUUUGCUGACCGAUUCCAUACAAGAGCUAAUUCGUAACAUCAUGGUUAUUACUCUUGAAAGUAUAAGUUUGAAGAAGAUUGGCAUUAUGAUCUCGUCUCCAAGGAGCGGUGAUUACCAAAGCUUCUUCAUACCUUUAUAUCCGUUUCUCCUGAAUUUUGAGCUCAUGCCCAUGCCCAUACCCAUACCCGAAGAAACCUUUAUCUUCCAGGAUAUUCUACCAUUGGUCCCAAUGUCCUCAUUGCGUUUCAUGCCGGCGAACCAUGAGGCAAAGGAUACUUUCUCAACGUCACAAGAACAAGAUCUCUCGAUCGUGACUAUUUCAAAAUUCCCCGACUUGUUCGCGGAAGUGUCUAUGACACACCAUGAGAUCGCAUGUGGCUUGUUGCUUGAUUGCUUCUGUCUCCAAUUCUCUAUGGCUUAUCAAACCUAUCUAUCUAUCUAUGUUGUUAGCUUCUGUUCUUUGCAGAUUAUUGUACUUUUAUCCAUGCUUGAAGAUCUUGUAAACUUUGCCCCUAUGGGAUUGAUUGAAUGA